AUGUCUGUUUUCCUCUCGAACGUGGAUAACUACGAGGUGACCGUUAUGCCUUUCUGUAGGGGCCUAGCGCGAGGUGUCGGUAGCAAGAGGCCAGAGCAUGGCGUGGGAAGCCAUUGUCCAGGGGAGCAGACUGUUGGGAGAAUUAGCCGGCCAGUGACGAUCACCAAGGUUCUGGAAGUGGAUAACGAUACAGCGACCAUCCGUUUCAUUCUCCUGGGAUUUCCAACACGGCCAGCCUUCCAGCUGUUCCUCUUUUUUGUGUUCCUGGCAGCUUACCUGCUGACCCUGCUGGAGAACGCUCUCAUCAUCCUGGCCAUUCGCAGUGAUGGACAGUUGCACAAACCCAUGUACUUCUUCCUGAGCAAUCUCUCCUUCCUGGAGAUGUGGUAUGUCACGGUCAUCAGCCCCAAGAUGCUGGUCGACUUCCUCAGCCAUGACAAGACCAUCUCCUUCAAUGGCUGCAUGACUCAACUGUACUUCUUUGUAACCUUUGUCUGCACGGAGUACAUCCUCCUUGCUGUUAUGGCCUUUGACCGCCAUGUAGCCAUUUGUAAUCCUCUACGCUAUCCAGUCAUCAUGACCAGCCAGCUGUGUGGUACAUUGGCUGUGGGAUGCUGGCUCUGUGGGCUUGUGACUGCCAUGAUCAAGAUGGUUUUCAUAGCCCGACUCCACUACUGUGGCACCCCCCACAUCAAUCACUACUUUUGUGACAUUUCUCCACUCCUCAAUGUCUCCUGUGAGGACUCCUCACAGGCUGAGCUAGUGGACUUCUUCUUGGCCCUCAUGGUCAUUGCCGUCCCCCUUUGUGUAGUGGUGGCAUCUUACGCCACCAUUCUCAGUGCCAUCCUCAGGAUCCAUUCUACACAGGGCCGCCAAAAGGCGUUUUCCACCUGUGCCUCUCACCUGACAGUUGUAAUCCUCUUCUACUCUACAACCCUUUUCACCUAUGCCCGCCCCAAGCUCAUGUAUGCCUAUAACUCCAACAAAGCGGUGUCUGUGCUCUACACUGUCAUCGUCCCCCUGCUCAACCCCAUCAUCUACUGUCUGAGGAACCGUGAAGUAAAGGCAGCCCUCAAGAAGACCAUACUUUGCAAAGGAAGUGGGCCCAGGGAAGACGUGGCUUUGAGGAAUUAA